CAGACGUCUCUGCGCGUCGUCCUCCUCGUCCUCCUGGUUGCCCGCUUUCGGCCGGAGUCCGUUCGCAGCCGUCGCCAUGCUGCCCGUCGCGGUCCUGCGCCGUCCCGGCCUGCGCUGCCUCGUCCGUCAGGCCCGCGCCUACGCUGAGGCUGCGGCUGCGCCGGCCCCGGCUGCGGGCCCGGGCCAGAUGUCCUUCACCUUCGCCUCACCCACGCAGGUAUUUUUCAAUGGUGCCAACGUCCGGCAAGUGGACGUUCCCACGCAGACGGGAGCCUUUGGCAUCCUGGCGGCCCACGUACCCACCUUGCAGGUGCUGCGGCCGGGGCUGGUUGUUGUCCACGCCGAGGACGGCACCACCUCCAAAUACUUUGUGAGUAGCGGCUCCGUCACAGUGAACGCUGAUUCCUCAGUGCAGCUGUUGGCUGAAGAGGCCGUGACCUUGGACAUGCUGGACGUGGGGGCCGCCAAGGUGAACUUGGAGAAGGCGCAGUCGGAGCUGUCAGGGGCAGCAGACGAGGCCUCCAGGGCCGAGAUCCAAAUCCGCAUCGAGGCCAACGAGGCCCUGGUGAAAGCUCUCGAGUAGGCGGUCCGUGGCCCUUGCCAGCGGGGAAACCGAGGCCCAGGACCGGACCGGGGAUGUCCCGGGCAGGCUGAACCAGCUCGCGUGGGUCGUCUGAUUGGGGGUGGGGAAGUGGGGAGAGAGGGGCCUCGAGCCACCUGGGGGAGUCUUGGGCGGAGGGAGCGGUCUUGCCAAGAGGCCGCCAGGGGGCAGCACACUGUCAGGCCUCCUAGCGAAGGGGGGCUUGCUGAGACCCUGCUCUGCGUCUCACCCUUCCAGCCGCUCCCCCCACCCCGCCCCAACCCGACGUGCCACCCACUUUCUCUCUAACCUUGUAGACUCUGCUGUGGAGCCCUCAGCUCCUCGUCCUGCCCCUGGGACAGCCCGCUCCCAGCUUGAGCCCCCCAUUAAAAACCAGGGACCUGA